AUGGAACCGGACUGGUUCGACUACGCGAAGAGGGCUCAGUGGCUCCGAGCCGCGGUGCUCGGAGCCAACGACGGGCUUGUCUCGACGGCCUCGCUCAUGAUGGGCGUGGGCGCGGUGAGGCAGGACGUCAAGGCCAUGAUCCUCACCGGGUUCGCCGGCCUCGUGGCCGGAGCCUGCAGCAUGGCCAUCGGCGAGUUCGUCUCCGUAUACUCUCAGUACGACAUCCAGGUCGCCCAGAUGAGGCGCGACCAGGAGCUUGGCCGCCGCCGCGGCGGCCAAGCUCCUGCUGAGGUGGAAGGAGGAGACAAGGAGGAGGAGGAGGAGGGGCUGCCGAACCCGAUGCAGGCGGCGGCGGCGUCGGGCCUGGCGUUCUCCGUGGGCGCGAUGGUGCCGCUGCUGGCGGCUUCGUUCAUUAAGGCGUAUAAGGUGAGGAUCGGAGUGAUGUUUGCGGCGGUGAGCUUGGCGUUGGUGGUUUUCGGUUGGAUCGGAGCCGUGUUGGGGAGAGCUCCGGUGGUGAAGUCCGGGAUGAGGGUUUUGGUUGGCGGGUGGGUGGCCAUGGCGCUCACUUUUGCUCUGACCAAAUCGGUCGACUCGAGCCGUAUGGACUGGGUUUGA